GAAGUUUCCAGGAAAUAAUCUAAUCAAUCACACAAAAACCUCAACACUUGCACAUUCACACGCUCUCCCAUUUAUUAUUAUUAUUAUUAUAUUUUUCUUUUCCUUUUCUACAAUUUUUCAACUUCAAAGAGUGUUCAUAGCAUACAGAAUCUUUGCAAGAUUCAUGUGUGGGAUUAUACCUUGUGAGUAAGAAAAGGAUAAAAAUAAACAUAGCAUAUGAAGCAAUACCACUUUCUAAUGUUGAGUUUAUUCUCUCCUUUUCUUCAUGAAUUAGCACAACCAACUCUUUCCAACAAGAAUCAUUAAUUUAAAUACUUAAACUCAACCCCACCAUUAUUCUUCAAUUUCUUUCAUCCAUACAUUAUAGUAAAAAUAAAACAAAAUUAAAAAAACAAGAAUAAGAUGAAGAUAGGUAAGGUUGGAUUAGGGGUGAUGAUGGUUGUAUUGAUGAUGAUGUUAAACUUGUCUACUUGUUCAGCUUGGUUUGGUAAUAAACGCAAAAGUGGAAGAAACUCAAUUUUACCAGGUGAAGCUAUGUCUUCAAGACCAAGUCUCAUGAACCAUGCUGCUGGUUCCUCAAUUGUGUUCCCUAUUUAUGGCAAUGUUUAUCCUGUUGGGUUCUAUAAUGUUACUCUCAACAUAGGCCAACCACCAAGGCCCUAUUUUCUUGAUGUUGACACCGGUAGUGAACUCACAUGGCUCCAAUGUGAUGCUCCUUGUUCCCAAUGUUCUGAGACACCCCAUCCACUCUAUAAGCCUAGCAAUGAUUUUAUACCUUGCAAAGAUCCACUCUGUGCGUCCUUGCAGCCCACGGAUGACUACACAUGUGAAGACCCUAAUCAAUGUGACUACGAAAUUAAGUAUGCUGAUCAAUACUCAACCCUUGGUGUACUUCUAAAUGAUGUCUACCUUCUCAACUUCACCAAUGGAGUCCAACUUAAAGUUAGAAUGGCACUGGGAUGUGGAUAUGACCAGAUAUUUUCACCUUCAACUUACCACCCUUUAGAUGGAAUACUUGGUCUUGGAAGGGGAAAGGCCAGCUUGAUAUCACAGCUGAAUAGCCAGGGUUUGGUGCGAAAUGUGAUGGGACAUUGUUUAAGCUCGCGAGGAGGAGGAUACAUUUUCUUUGGAAAUGUUUAUGAUUCUUCUCGAAUGAGUUGGACUCCAAUCUCAUCAAUCGAUUCGGGAAAACAUUACUCUGCAGGACCAGCUGAACUUGUUUUUGGAGGAAGGAAGACUGGGGUGGGAAGUUUAAAUAUUAUUUUUGACACUGGAAGUUCCUAUACAUACUUCAAUUCUCAGGCUUACCAAGCAAUGAUUUCUUUGCUGAAUAAGGAAUUACAUAGAAAGCCAAUAAAAGCAGCACCUGAUGACCAGACUUUACCUAUGUGCUGGCAUGGUAAAAGACCUUUCAGAAGCAUAAAUGAAGUGAAGAAAUACUUCAAGCCACUAACACUUAGUUUCACCAAUGGUGGAAGAGUUAAACCACAGUUUGAGAUCCCUCCUGAAGCUUAUCUUAUAAUAUCUAAUAUGGGAAAUGUUUGUCUAGGAAUUCUGAACGGCCCUGAAGUAGGAUUGGGUGAACUGAACCUAAUUGGAGACAUAUCCAUGCUAGACAAAGUGAUGGUAUUCGACAACGAGAAGCAGUUGAUUGGAUGGGGACCUGCAGAUUGCAACAGUGUUCCAAAAUCCAGAGAUUUCAGUUUAUGAUAAAUAAAUGUACCUAAUUCAAGCAUGCAUAUGACUGAUAUCAUCAGAGAGUAGAAAAUAGAUUAAUGCAUAUUAUAUAGCAGGGUGAUGGUACACUACUAAUGUUUUAUGAAUUUAACUUCAUGGUUUAGUGCUUAUGAUUUGUGAAUACAGGCAUUGUGUAGAGUAUAUUGGGGUAAGCUAUUAUGCAGUGUGAAUAGUAUUAGUAACUGAUAAUUACAUAA